AUGGUAAUUUUAAAGAGCAUUAUAAAGUUAAUUUUAAAGGGCAUUUUAAACUUAAUUUUAAAAAAAAUUAUAAAGGUAAUUUUAAAGGUCAUUUUAAAGGUCAUUUUAAAGGUAAUUUUAAAGAGCAUUAUAAAGGUAAUUUUAAAGGGCAUUUUAAAGUUAAUUUUAAAGAGCAUUAUAAAGGUAAUUUUCAAGGUCAUUUUAAAGUUAAUUUUAAAGGUGAUUUUAAAGGUAAUUUUAAAGGUGAUUUUAAAGGUGAUUUUAAAGGUCAUUUAA